UGCAAUUGAAUAGAAAACCCCAAAAAUUGAUAACUUGCGAGUUGAUUGUUGAGCUUAGGUUUUGGUUGCGAUCAAACCUUGCUGAAUCGUGGCCUAUUGAUCGAGCAAUCCCACUAGAUAGAUGGAGUUAAUUAAUUAGGAAAGCGGCAAGCAACGGAUAGUGGUGAAGCCUGUUAACUAACAGUAACUCAAACUCAGAAUGAAGAAUGUAUGUAGCGGACGCAGAACAUUACGAAAUAGAGAGCUGGAAAUAAAGCUGGCCGACAAAAUCAGUCCAGUUACACCCAAUGACUGACAUGUCACGUUGGCACUUAACCAAGUCUCAUGUGUGUGAUGCUUCAAGAGCAUCCUUCUCGACGUCCAUCGCCUUCUCCCACCGUUCAAUGCCUUUGGCCUGUUUAUAUUUUGCUGGGACAUAAACAGGAGAGGUAGAGUAAGACACAAAAUCAGUGUGACGAGGUGGUGGUUUACCUCUGAUAAUGCGAGUGGAGCGUCGCAAGAUUGGCUCCUCAUUAGGUUGGGCAAGCUCAAAGGGAAUUGGGGAUAUAGAUGACCCAGGAGAAGACAAGUUACUAGACGAGAAGGAAGAGGAUGACGUUGGUGAUGAAUUUGGUGAGGUCGGUGAACUCUCAUCAUUCCAGGAGGAGGUAGAUACUGGCGAGCUCAUCGAAGUUGCCGAGGUGGAGCUGGACAAAGUUGACGAAGAUGUGGAGGACGUGGGACUGGGAUUGGGCGAAUCCGGGUCAUUAUCCUUGGAUGGAUCAGCUGGCGUGUCCGUUGCAGCUUCGGCAUCAAGAGACCAAGUAUCCUUCAAGAAAUCUAGUUCCAAACCAGCUGGGUAGGUGUUCGACGAGCCAUAAUAUGAUUGAUGCUCUAGAAAUUUAACAUGACAUGAUAUCCGGACUCGUCUUUAGCCACAUCAUAGCAUACAUAGCCUUUGUGCUUAUCGCUAUAACCGAUAAAUACACACUUGACAACUUUGGGAGUGAGUUUAAUUCGCUCUCGUCGGGAUACCAGCACAUAGCAUAUGCACCCAAACACACGCAACCAGCCAUAGUUGGGGAAACAAGAAUAAAGAGCUUGAUACGGA